GCAGUAUCACCUGUGAUCUUUCGCCUUUUGUUGUGCUCAAUAGGUAUUAUACAUCUAUUCUAAAACAUAACAUAUAUCACGAUCUAAACCUAACCCCGAUAGUUUGCAAAAUGGCAGCAAACGAAAACCUAACCAGGGCAACCGCUACCAUCCAGCACUCACCAACGCUACGGCAUGUGUCGGCGCUCCCGCCACAGGGUGGAUCCAGCAGACGAAGCCCUGUUGAAUCUGGUAUCCCAAACAUCCUAAAGACUCCUGAGGCCUCGCACGAAAUUCUACCUCUCCUUCAGCGCCGGCCUACAGUCCAAUCCGCUGUGACCACCAAGGUAGAGCGUUUAGUUCGCCGUGCCGGUCAAAGCCGCCGAGGAGAGCCCAAGCCUGCAACCCAAACGGCCGGAGUAGAAGGCCUUGGACAGCGAGCGGAAGAGGGAUCUCCGGUUCAUAGAAAAGAAAUCAAGGACAUCAAACCAAAUUGCGAGGACGUCCUUAAAGCCAUUUGCCCUCAUUACAGAUCGGCCUCUAGUUUAACCAGCCCUGACACAACUACCGGUAGUGGGCGCUUCCCCGUGUUUGACGACCUCAGCGCCUAUCUGGUAACGGAAGCUCAGGCGACGAGACUGCUCAGGCUAGAGAUCGAGAGACUCGUAGAGGUUGUCAAAGAACCAAGCGAAGCACUAAGGUUCUCUGACGCACAAAUUCUCAAAGCGGGAUUUCAGGCAGGGCACCAAAAGCUUUCUACCCUUUCUCAAUUUCUGUUGGAUACCAUUCACAUCUGUUCCCUCGAUAACGAUGCUGUCACCAUGAAGUGUAACAACGGCCGGUUUGUCAGCAGACGCAAAAUCAACAAGUGCUUGCGUUCGCUCAGUCAUCAGCCUUCAGUUACGGGGGAUUGGAACGAGGCACAGAACGAAGCCGCAGGUUUAGCUUCCUGGGGUCCUAGUGGCAGCGAUCUGGGCACGAUUUAUAGCUUAAUCGAUUACGUGACUGCCGUACUAGCAAGAUUGCUGACGCAGUCUGCGUACGGCGACUAUUGGCAUAACAACACGUUGGGUGUGCUUGCGAAAUGGGUAGUAAAGGCUAAAAUCUUACUGCGAGACCUUCCCACAUGUUCCUCAAUUGCUCUGGCGAACAUGGGAAGUAUGCUUAAUCGGACUGAAAGAUUGAGGGACGGUUAUUUCAAGGGGGAUGGAGGCGAGGACCGUGAGGAUGGUGAGGAUAGUGAGGAUAGUGAGGAUAGCGAGGAUGGUGAGGAUGAAUAUGAGGGCGAGGGUCUUUGGAACGAGAAGCUUCGGAAACUCUCUGAAACCGCCGCCAUAAGAGAACACUGCCGUCACCAGAGAGCCUUGCGCAGAGUGAUAGAGACGGGUUUGAGCUAUAUAUUCGCGUCUUUGCGGUGUCUAAACUGCUCAGGACUUCCUCUGACUUCAUACGAUGUUUGUGCCAUAGUAUAUGAGACAGGAUUCGAAGGAUUCAAGGUAUGUAUGGUGAGCCCAUACUAUGAAAGUGGAUUUGAAAAUCUCACGAGUAUCUAGGCUUUACUUUUCCAAGACCGUGACCACCAGUUCUCGGCGACCUCGGACCUCGAUAACCUCAACAUUGCUCAUUCAGCCUUCGGUAUCUUAAAUCAGAGUUUACGCGGUCUCGAGCAGCAUAGCCCCCCCCCCCCGGAACGCGGCGCAAAAACGGAGGACCCCUACGCGACAGUUGAAUGGAGGUAUUAUGAGGACGAAAAGUGUGACCAUCAAGAACCUGCUCUGUCUGAGGUGAAACUUUCCAAUAUGGAAGAAAUUAUUACUGUCAUGGUUCCCCUUGCCGCCACGACUCCAGUUUUCUUAGCAAACUUGAAUAACUUCAAAGGCACCAUUUACCUUAACGGGAAUAUUGGGGAUGAAGUUCGUCCUUAUGCAGAAAGCAAAUUCGAUGCAUUCUUCCAUAUGUUCACCAAAGAUCUCAAGGAUAACAGUUCUCACGGAGAUGCGCUGCAGCUGUCACAGGCAGUCGGCAACAAUCUGUUUUCAAGGAAUGCUCUGUUUUACGGACGGCGUUAUGACAAUAGGCUUGAAAGGACAGCUACCGAAGAGGCCUCCAGCAAACGCUUGCAGAAGCUUGCUGAGGAUAUGGGGGAAUGGAUAUAUGAAGAAAACUCUGUGAUUGUAAACUGCCCGAAUUAUGUGUUGAUCGUCCUUCUCGCAGCGGCAAUCCUAGUUUUAAGUGGGCUCGCUAUAGGCUUCACCGUCCAGACUCGCCUAAAGGGUGUGGACCCCUUCAAUAUAGCAACAUAUUUGUGGGUAAUUGCCGCGUUUUUUGUACUUGUUUGCAAGAGCCUGAGAGUCGAAGCGUGGUCCUGGAGAGAUUUUCUGCUACGCCGAGUCCGCUGUCGAUGUGUCACGGAAUUGGGAACUGUCACAGGAAUCGACGGCCAACUCAUCAUGGCCAACCUCUUACAUGACGAGAGCGGAACAAACUUGGUUACCCGAGGACCAUAUAAUGCCGUAUUUAAACGAAAAUCGCAGGAUGGAUCAGGCUUCUCUAUUGAUCACCCGUUGAGCACCCAUACCAUGUUGCGCAGUGGUUUGACCCUGCUAAAAGUCAUGACGCCGACAGGGCAUGCGCUUGUCUGCCUGGAUGGACGACGGGGGACGGAUCUCAAGGUUGUCGAGCACAGAAAGUUGGAUGAUAAGGAACAUCUGGUGUGCGAGGAUAUUACACGGCCACAGUUGCAGACACUGGGGCAGACUUCACAACAAUUGCGGCUACCAUUGCAGAAGUCAAAAACCCUAAAAUGGAGGAAGGUGCAAGGCGUCUACGCUAAUUUGGAUACUGUUUUUGUAUAAUAUAAGAGCUAUGUACGCAAGCCAACCUGAGGCCGCUGCGAGAAAUUUAAGGUCCCCCCCUUCAUUAUUUAUCUGAAUUUCACUUUUCCGCACGUUGGCACACUUGUCUCCUAAACCGGGGGUGAAUCUGGCCCUGUCAACGAAUUCCUUCUUGUAUGAGUGUAUUAGGCACUGCAGUUUUCACAUGCCUAGUCGAGUAUGAAAUGAGCAGAAUGAAGAUAAAAAGAGCCCGGAAGUAGCCCCAUAGACUGUAAGA